AUGGCAUCGGAACCUCCAUCUAAUGCUAAUAUUACUUCAACACAUACAUUAUCCAACAUUCCUGACGAAGAAGUUAAAGUCAUGGUGCCACCCUUGAAUUUUGCAAUGGUAGCGCCAGAUGAAUUUAAUAAAGAGUUGAGACAAUUUGUGAAUGAACAAGAAAUUAAGGUUUUCCAUUAUAAAAUUGACGGAAACAAGGAACCAUUUAUUGAAAUCGAACAAAAAGAAAUUAACAUAAGGAACCAUCCAGUAUUGAUACAUUGUAAUAAAGGAAAGCAUAGAAUAGGCUGUUUGGUAGGAUGUCUUCGCAAAUUACAAAAAUGGUCAUUGACUUCGAUUUUUCAUGAAUAUCGACGUUUUGCUGUUACAAAAGUUCUAGCAGACCAAGAGUUUAUUGAAAUAUUUUCAGAACAUGUACCAUAUAAUCCUGAUUUUAAACCUGACUGGCUAUAA